CUCCACUCGUUGUUUUACUUGGUUCGUGCAUGUCAUCAUCCGAGACAGCGAUGCGACUACGGAUCGCUCUCCUGAAGCAUCCGAAGCGCUUGGCGUUGAAAGCCAAAUUGGCAUCAACUCCUCCCAAGAUGGUGUCCAUCCAAAUCAACAAUAAUAAAUAUCAAGAACCAGCGAAUCAAACCAUAUUGCAAGUCGCCCAUAAGCACGGGGUAAGAAUACCAUACAAUUGUCGAGCGGGCAUCUGCUGGGCAUGUGAGGCUACUGUAAACGGCAAGCCGACACAAACGUGCUACACUCCAAUAGAAGAUGGCAUGUAUGUGGUAGAAAAGGCAAGGGAGAUGAUGCAUUGGAGACAACAUACUGGGGAUGAAUGAUGAUAAUGACA